UAUUGAAUCAGUUAUUUAGCCGGAGAUAGCUCGAAACAUUCAAAUUCUGGUGACUGUAACUCCAUUUCCGGUAAAUUAUGAUACUUUUCCGGUGAUGAGAGGUAAGAUUAGUAUUGAAGACGUAUCUGAUUUGUCACUAAAAAACCAAUCCAAACACAAAUGGAAAGAAGCAGAGAAGCCAGAAGAGGUGUUACUUUGGCGGCUUCAAAUGGUUUGUCAAGAAGGAGACACAGGAGUAGCAGUCUCAGAGACUCUCCAGAAGAAGACGGUCCGUUGGAGUUACAGGAAACGGCGAGGUUAAGAGAUCGAAAGAAAGACCGUGAUCGUGACCGCGACCGUGACAGAGAACGUGAUAGAGAGAGAGAUCGAAUGAGUAGGAGUAGCAAAAGAAGGAGAAGCGAUAAAUUUAUGCUCGGAACGAAUAGAGAUGACGGAGGGGAUGACAGCUCAGAGGAGAGUGUAAAUGAUGAUGAAGAAGACGAUGAUGACGAUGGAGGUGGAGGUGGAGGUGGAAAUUCUUCUAUGAGGAUGCUCCCACCCAAUCCAUCAACAUCAUCAUCGUCGAUGUUGAAUCAUCAUCACCACCAUCAUCAUCACAAUCAUAAUAGUAAUAGCCACAGUAAUAAUAAUCAUAAUCAUAAUAACAAUAAUCACAACAGUCGGAAAAGUUUUCCACCGCCGGCGAAAGUUUUUAGAACCGCGCCGACGGCUACGACAGCCUCGACCACCCCGUCUACUUGGAAAGCCGCUGAUGAGAUGAUUGGUGUGUCGGUGCCUAGAAAAGCUCGGUCAGCCUCUACUAAAAGGUCCCAUGAAUGUUGGACUUCAAGUGGAGGUGUUGUUGGUGGUGGAGAACAAAUACAUAGACAAGCUUCAUCUUCACCUGUGAGAACAAGUGUUACGACUGUGCUGGCUACCCCCGCACCGGCUUCGCCUUCUUCCUCCAAUUUUUCAGUUCGGAAGAAGAUGAAACCUAGCGGACCCAAACUAAGGCCCCCAAAAUCGUCGAGCAACAAGUCAUCAUCAUCGGCGCAGGACGAGAUUGAGAUCGAGAUCGCGGAAGUUUUGUACGGGAUGAUGAGGCAGCCACAGGGUCCAUCUAAGCAAGAAAUUAUGGGUGUGGAUUCGAAUUCGAAAGAGAUUAAUAAUAAUAAGUCCACAAGUGACUCUAAAUCCCGUGUUUCUUCUCCGAUCUCGAAUUCUCCAUCUACACUCCCUCAGUCUUCUUCAAUUUUGCCCACAAAUUCUAGCUCUUCGACUGCUCCCAUGUCUGCUAUUGCUCCGAAGAGGAAGAGACCGCGACCUGUCAAAUACGAAGAUGAGAAUCCUUCGUCGUUUGCAGUGCGUAAUGUUCCCAUUUCGUCUACCACAAAGGCUGAGAUGGAUCAAUCUGCCAAGACCGAAACUUGUUCGCCGAAUUUGGACAAGAAUUCGGGAUCUGCAGUAGCUGAGAAUGGUUCAAUUUCGUACGAUUUGGUGAACUCUCAGGCGUCUGAGCCGAAGAUUGAGUCGGUUAAGCCAGAGAGCAACGUUUUAUUACCGGAUUCAAAGGGUUUGACUGAAGAAUCAGAGAGUGGAGGAGAUGUGGCUGUGGCAAAAGACGGGCCUCAGCGUCAGCCUCUGUCUCCGAAGAAGGAAUCUACUGUUAGUCUCAGAUUAGAUUGUGAUCGUCGGGACAAUUUGACAGUUACUAAAGCGAACUCAACGACAUCUGAGAUUGAGAAACAGCGAGAAGAAAAAUUCCAGAUAGAUCUGAUGGCUCCUCCUCCAUUGAGAUCAUCACCUGAAAGGGACGGUGAGAUUGACUUUGUGGCUGUUGAUGUUCAAACGGAAAUGAAGCCUAUGGUAAAGGAGGAUGAGAAGGUAGUCAAAAUUGCCAAAGAUGUGGUUGUUGAAGAUGAACAAAAGAAGGCAAAGGCAAUAGCGGAAGAAAGUGAAUCCCAGAAGCCAGUUGUUGGUAAGGAGAGAAUCAUUGAUCUCCAGCUUGAUUUGGAGAAGAGUGAUAGAGAUAGUGGUACUGCUAGUGUAAGUGGCAACAAGCUGCAACAGCAUGUUCAAAAGCAGCAGCAGCAACCACCGCCGUUAGUCCCUGAGAAAAAGGCUCCAUCCACUUCUUUACCUUUGCCACUGCCUAUGGCUAGUUGGCCUGGUGGACUUCCUCCUAUGGGAUAUAUGGCCGCUCCUUUACAAGGAGUUGUAUCCAUGGAUGGUAGUGCUGUCUCUUCUGCUGCCGUACAACCUCCAAAUUUGUUGUUUUCUCAACCCAGACCAAAGAGGUGUGCAACUCAUUGCUACAUUGCUAGGAGCAUACACUACCUCCAGCAAUUUACAAGGAUGAAUCCUUUCUGGCCAGCGGCUGCCAGUUCUGCUUCACUCUACGGGGCGAAGGCUUGCAAUCUCAAUGUUGGGCCACCGACAGAAUUGCAUGGAACCGUUCCAGGAAAAGGUGUGAACAAUGCACAAGAUAAGGGGCAGGGUCUGGCAAUUUUUCCUGGUCCGACUGGGAAAGACAACAAAGGUUCUCAGCAUGCCAACUUAAUGGAUGCAGCACAAAGAAAGCAGGUUUUGCUUCAGCAAGCUCUACCACCAGGAGCUCCUAGUAAUAUGCUGGCUCCUACUUUUAUCUUCCCAUUGAGCCAGCAACAGGCUGCUGCCGCAGCUGCUGUCCGGCCUGGGUCUGUCAAGUCUCCUCCAGCUGCUGGUAAUGCCGCUUCAUCAAGUGGGUCUAAUUCUGCCUCAAUGAGUGUCACUACAACAGCAGGAGCUGCAGCCACGGCAAUGGGCUUCAACUACCAAAAUAUACCGGGCAGCAGCGAGACACAAACUCCGUACUUAGCAAUUUUGCAGAACAAUGCUUACCCAUUUCCUAUGUCUGCUCAUAUGGGAGGAACACCUGCUUACAGAGGAACUCCUGCUCAGAGUAUGCCAUUCUUUAAUGGGUCCUUUUAUCCUUCUCAAAUGCUACAUCAUUCACAGCUUCAGCAGCAGCAACAGCAGCAACAAUCACUACCUGCUCAGUCACACCAAAGCCAACAAGGUCAUCAAAACGCCAGCAUUUCCAGUGGUUCAUCUUCAUCCCAAAAACAUUUAAAGAGUCAGCACCCAAGGCCACAUAACAGUGGCAUAAGUGGAGGCAAUGGAACCUUGCAAAGUUUUCCUGCUCCUCCUCCAUUGAGAUCAUCACCUGAAAGGGACGGUGAGAUUGACUUUGUGGCUGUUGAUGUUCAAACGGAAAUGAAGCCUAUGGUUAAGGAGGAUGAGAAGGUAGUCAAAAUUGCCAAAGAUGUGGUUGUUGAAGAUGAACAAAAGAAGGCAAAGACAAUAGCGGAAGAAAGUGAAUCCCAGAAGCCAGUUGUUGGUAAGGAGAGAAUCAUUGAUCUCCAGCUUGAUUUGGAGAAGAGUGAUAGAGAUAGUGGUACUGCUAGUGUAAGUGGCAACAAGCUGCAACAGCAUGUUCAAAAGCAGCAGCAGCAACCACCGCCGUUAGUCCCUGAGAAAAACGCUCCAUCCACUUCUUUACCUUUGCCACUGCCUAUGGCUAGUUGGCCUGGUGGACUUCCUCCUAUGGGAUAUAUGGCCGCUCCUUUACAAGGAGUUGUAUCCAUGGAUGGUAGUGCUGUCUCUUCUGCUGCCGUACAACCUCCAAAUUUGUUGUUUUCUCAACCCAGACCAAAGAGGUGUGCAACUCAUUGCUACAUUGCUAGGAGCAUACACUACCUCCAGCAAUUUACAAGGAUGAAUCCUUUCUGGCCAGCGGCUGCCAGUUCUGCUUCACUCUACGGGGCGAAGGCUUGCAAUCUCAAUGUUGGGCCACCGACAGAAUUGCAUGGAACCGUUCCAGGAAAAGGUGUGAACAAUGCACAAGAUAAGGGGCAGGGUCUGGCAAUUUUUCCUGGUCCGACUGGGAAAGACAACAAAGGUUCUCAGCAUGCCAACUUAAUGGAUGCAGCACAAAGAAAGCAGGUUUUGCUUCAGCAAGCUCUACCACCAGGAGCUCCUAGUAAUAUGCUGGCUCCUACUUUUAUCUUCCCAUUGAGCCAGCAACAGGCUGCUGCCGCAGCUGCUGUCCGGCCUGGGUCUGUCAAGUCUCCUCCAGCUGCUGGUAAUGCCGCUUCAUCAAGUGGGUCUAAUUCUGCCUCAAUGAGUGUCACUACAACAGCAGGAGCUGCAGCCACGGCAAUGGGCUUCAACUACCAAAAUAUACCGGGCAGCAGCGAGACACAAACUCCGUACUUAGCAAUUUUGCAGAACAAUGCUUACCCAUUUCCUAUGUCUGCUCAUAUGGGAGGAACACCUGCUUACAGAGGAACUCCAGCUCAGAGUAUGCCAUUCUUUAAUGGGUCCUUUUAUCCUUCUCAAAUGCUACAUCAUUCACAGCUUCAGCAGCAGCAACAGCAGCAACAAUCACUACCUGCUCAGUCACACCAAAGCCAACAAGGUCAUCAAAACGCCAGCAUUUCCAGUGGUUCAUCUUCAUCCCAAAAACAUUUAAAGAGUCAGCACCCAAGGCCACAUAACAGUGGCAUAAGUGGAGGCAAUGGAACCUUGCAAAGUUUUCCUGCUCCAAAGAACCAGCCUCAACAACUGCAACUGCAGCAGCGGCAGCAACAACAAAACCAACAGGUUCCUCAUCAAGCUCGCCAGCUUGAGAAUGAAAUCACUGGUGAAGAGAGCCCGUCAACAGCUGAUAGCCGAAUCUCCCGUGGAAAUAUGAGUAUCUAUGGACAGAAUUUUGCAAUGCCUUUACACUCACCAAACUUCGCUCUGAUGACUCCUGCUUCAAUGGGAGGUGCCACUAGUGUGACUGGUAAUCAUGGUGAAAAGAAGCCACAGCAACAGCUACAACAACAGGGUUCCAAGGCUGGAGUUGAAACUAUGACGCCUCAAACUUUUGCAAUGACAUUUGCUUCUAUUAAUGGACCUACAGCUCCUGGCCUAGACCUUUCUACCAUUGCACAGAAUCCUGCUAUUCUUCAGAACCUACCCGAGGCAAUGAGGCAGGGCUAUCAGUUUAUAGCUGCUGCCCAGGCAGCACAGCAGAAAAAGAAUUACCGUGUUUCGGAAGAAGCGAAAGCUGGAGGUAGCGACACUUCUAAUGUGGAGGAAGAAAGAAAGGCAAUGGCAGGAAAGCCACCGGCAACUGUUGUGCAGUCCAUUGCUUUCUCUAGGCCAGAUUUAAGUGAUGCACCAGUCUCUAUGACGGGAAACACAGUCAUUGAUGGCUCAACACGAAGUCUAAACCAUGGUUCUGCACCUGCCCGUACUUCUGUUUCUGUUAUGCCUUCUUCUAUCAGCAAUGUCAAUGCUUCUUCUGCACAGCAGCAACUGCAGCGGAGUCAGCAGCAGCAGCAGCAGCAGCAACUGAUUCAACUUCAGAAGCAGCAGCAAUUUGCAGCGGCGGCUCGAAGCAAAACAACAGCUACAAGCAAUGGAAGUGUUUAUCCUGACCACCUACAACCUUCAUCAUCUAUGGCUGCAAAGUUCCCUGGUGCUUUAUCUGUUUUUCCGCAAAAUCUUGUCCAAAACAACAGCAGCUCGGCACAGUCUCAGUGGAAAAAUUCUGGGAGGACAAGCGCGUCUCAAGUUAGUUCACAAUCUCUUGCUCCAUCAACCACAUCAUCGCUCAAAAACCUUCCUCAACAGCAAGGCAGAACCCAGCAAAGCCACACACAAAUAUCAUUUGCGGCUAACCCCAAAUCAUCAUCAGCAACACACGGGCAGCCACCGUCUGGUAAUAACCAGUCCACAUCUCCUCCAAUGGUAGUUGGUUCGCCAACAACUUCUUCUAUUUCCAAGACUAGUGCUGGUGGAAGCCCAAGGACUAAUGCUGCAGCUUCCACGGGUAACAAAAGUGGCCAAGCUUCCUCAUUAUCAUCUCAGCAGGCCAAGAAUUCACCGUCUAUGCCUAGCAGGAAGUCAUCUCCUGUUCCAUCAAUACUUGGAAACCCCAAUAUCACUUCUUCAGGGACUGGAGUUAAGCCUCAAAUGUCACAACAGCAGCAGCAGCAACAGCAAAUACCAAAGCAUGCAAUUCAGCAAGCCCAAAUGUUAUUCUCUAAUGCUUAUAUGCAAGCGCAACCUCAACAUGUAGCGAGUACAACUUCAUCUGCCUCAGCAGCCAGUGGGUUUUUCACAGUAAGACACCACCGUGACCAACAGCAGCUGCCUGGCUCUUCAGGGACUUCCUCAACUGGGAUGCUAUCUCUGUGCCCGCCAGUUACUCAUUCUAACACCAACACUUCUGAUCCUGCCAAGGCUGUUGCUGCUGCUACCAAUAUGAAAGGUGGUGGUGCCUUAGCAUCACAGGGUUUUAUACAUGCUGCCAAUUUUGCUAAUGCACAGGCCUCUGGGAAGCCACAUCAGUCUUUUCCUCCUGGUUUUCCGUAUGUUCAUGCUGUUUCCACAGCUGUGCAAGUGAAACCAGCAGAGCAGAAACAACCCGCGGGUGAGUAGAAACGUCCCUUGGUGCCUUUACAUUACAAACCCACCUUAUAGGGAAAAGAAAAACGUAGCAUCUAGUAAGAAGAGUUAUAGAUUGCGGAAACAAACUUUUGAGGGGGACAGGGAUUUCUUUCCCGGAGAAUAGUUGCUAUUUGCAUGCCUUCUGGUAGUCUGAGAAGAAAUGAAGAUGCGAUCAAAGGAUGAAGCACUAUCCAAGACCCAAAUUUGGAUUUGAUUGCAACAACAGAAAUUGAAACACAGUUGGGGGGGAGUGCUCUCUGUGGAAUGUGCUUUGCAAUGUGUAUUGAGCUAUGUACACUUGUGUUUAUAAUCUGACAAGAUUGAUAUUGAAGCCUAA